UAAGGCCCAUAACAACAUCAUUGAGAAUGAGACGGAGGUUGGAUGUCUCCGAGAGCGUGACGACGACGGGAUGCAAACCGGCAACUGCUUCCGAUGCCGUCAAACCGGCCACUGGAUCAGCGAUUGCCCUCUCAAAUCGAAAGCCGAUGACGAUCCUCCUCCACCGUCGAUCCACUGCCCUUGCGGCGGAGGUCUCUGCGAAACCAAGCUCUCGAACACUAAAGAGAAUCCCGGAAGGAGAUUCUACAAAUGCCCUGCUGCUCAGAAGUGCACCUUCUUCAAGUGGUGUGACAAAGCAACCGACGAAGAUAUCAGAUUCCGCCCCGCCUUCACCAUCCCCGAUUGCCCCUGCGGUUCUGGACCUUGCCGGAGAGUCGUAGCUGAUUCUGGACGAGCUUACUUGCAAUGCGGCGUCAAAAAGGUUUUGAUUUGA